UUUAAAUAUUUUAGUCGAUAUGUUAAAUUUAACUUGAGCAAUGGGAGCAGAUAUCAGCAAAGAAGAUGCGGAUGAUUUUAAGCAAAAAUAUCGAGAAAAAUAUGGCGUGGAUAUAUCGGACGCAGACUUAUUAGAGGAAUAUCGCAUGGCUAAACUAAAAGCUGACAGGAGACAGCGAGAGCAAUCUCUGGGAAAUGAAGACAGAAGACGAGAUGAAUAUUCUGUGAGAAGUACGGACCUCAAACAAGCCAAAGAGGAUUCUUACGCACGUAAAAAGCAAGAUGACAAUUUACGGAUAAUGAAAACUACUUAUGAAAGUAGAAAAGGCGAAAAUAGACACAUACAUGAUCGUUCCCAACGAUCGUCAAGACAUCGAGAUGAAAGGCGAAGGGAUCGUGACCGACGCUCAUCGAGGCAUCGUGAACAUUCUAGGCAUUCAUCUUCUGAUUCAUCUACUAAAGAAAAUAAAAGAAAAUCUCAUCACUCGUCUAAAUAUUCACGAUCAUCUGAAAAAAGUUAUGAAAGAUCUUCCAAAAAAACAAGAUCUGUCGAUGAUAUGAAUGUAAACUCACAAAAUCGGAGCAGAGACAAGAGACAUUCAUCUAAAUACAGGGAUCGUUCAAGAAAUUCUCGUUCUGAGUCUUCUGAUGUAGAAAUACAAAGGAAAUCAACCAGAAAACCUCCUACAGAAAAUCCGAAAAAGAAGUCUUCUCGUAAAUCUGGCUCUGGAGAUAAACAUCAAAGAUCGCAGAAAAGCUCAAGAAAAAGUGCAGUAGUGUCUCGAACAGAUGAUGAAGGGAUGCAUUCAAAGAAAGAUGACAAGAAAUAUGAUGCAGAGCAGUCUGAAGUUAAAAUGGGAAAAAAAAGAAAGAAGAAAAAGGUGAAGUCUCAUCACCAAAGUGCACCAGACCUGCUGGACGUCGACAGGCAAUAUGGUCGGGGGCCGUGGCAGCGUACACAUGGAUAUUUUGAUCAAUAUGGUCAAAGACCUCAAUCAUGGGUACAAGAAAUAUCUCAGGGACAAAGUUCUACCCUGCCUGCUCCUGUAAUGGAACGACAAAUAAUAUAUGGAAUGCCUGCUACUUUACCAAGAGCUGUGGAUGGACUCGGUUAUCCAUUGAAAGAACGGAGUCCAGGCUUCCAACCAGUGCCUUAUCAAACCUACUUGAUGCACAAGCCACAGAGACCACAAAGCAUGGAUUUAUCAUACACUCAUCAUGAUUUUUCUUCAUUGCCUCCGUCUACUGCCGUCCAAUCACCCAACACCUCGAUUAAAUUACCUGCUGGAGCUGUACCUGCAGUUGGCCCGCGAGGGCCAUUGACUUCCCCCAUUGUGAAUUCACCUCCAAUUAUCCCAGCACGCGGUUAUGAAGUUCAAGCCCAUUUACCAUCAAAUGGUUCUUCAACUUUACCAGCGAAGUUUAGACAAAGCUCUAGUGGUGGGACGUCCAAUCCACCUACAUACAAAACACCUCCGCAGUAUGGGAACUCAGUUUCAGUGAGAAGUGAUGGACCAACUCCGAAACCUAGAACUAAGACACCAGUCAAGGAACACAAAAGAUCAUCAAAAGAGAAAGGAAGCAGAAAAUCCAAGUCUACAAAACAUGGUGUGGAAACUAAGCAACAUAAACCAAAAAUCACAGCAAUUUCAGCAAGAGAAGAUUUUGAAAGUUUGCUCGCCGCUGAUUACGACAUGACACAUAUGAAAAGUUCCGAAGACUUCAAUGAAGAAUUCCCACCGGUCUUUCCCGGGAAUUACAGAGCAAAUGAUACUAUUUUCGUUGAUGACGUGAUUUUCAGAGAGCAGCCAAGAAUUAAAAGUUAUUCUGACACUGAUUCUUCCGACAUGAUGACGGAUGAAGAAAUUAAUGAAAUUAAAAUUGGUGAAGAAUUUUCACCUAAUUCUAUCGGUUACUCAUCUGGCUUUGACUUAGAAAUUCCUGAAGGAUUUUGUUUUGACUCUGAAGGUGCGGAAACAAGUUCUGUUAAACAUAAAAACAAGGGUGGCAAGCAAAAGUCUGCUGGUGUGAGAGCACAAAAAAAGAAAGUAUUUAGCGGUGAUAACAAAACAAAGACAAGUAAAAAAACAUCAACAACUAAAGACACCCAACCGAAAUCACGAUUGUCUCCAUUAAAACAGAAAGAUCAACUUAUCUUAACAACAAUUGGGCCAGUGUCUCGGACUCGGCAACAAUCAACCAGUCCAGAUAGAAAACAGAAAAGCAGUCCAAAAAUGAAAAGCACUGUUGGAAAAAAUAAACCAAGAGUAUCCAGUAACGAAGUAGAAAAAGUCAUGCAACCUGUCCAUUCAGCAAUGCAGCAGUCUUCAAAAUCCAUGACAUCCAACAAAACGAUAAAGAAGAAAAAUAGAAAAAUUCAAGCCCCGUCAGAAGACAACUCGUAUCAGAGAAUUAUAUACCCAUCUCAUCAUUGGCACACAAGACCAGAAUUGGAGCGGAAAAAGAAAAUGCAUGAUAUUGGUGUUGGUACAAAAACGUCUGUGAAACAAAAGUCGAUCGCUAUCCAAACGCCGAAGCCAAAAAGUCCUGCAGCGCAGCCAAUUUAUUUUUUGAAACCGUUAUCUGCUCAGGAAGUCUUCAUAGAUGAUUCGUCUAUUGCGAGUCACAGUGAAACCGAUAUGUCAACAGUCCACACGGCGGCUACGUCAUCAGUUACAUCUACGGGAUCGGUCACUGCAAGGUCAGGGACAUCUUGGUCAAGGUCAUCGACGUAUAGUUCUAACCCUGAUCACACCGAUCCCAGCGAAGUCGAAAGUGUUGCCCAGAAGUUUGAAAGAAAUUCAAAAUUUUAUGCCAGUAAACCAAACGAGCAACCAUCCAUCGCAUCCUCAGUUGAUUUUGAACCUGAACCAUCAAAUUCCAGCUCCAUCGGCCCUCCGUCCAUGACACUCGGAGUGAGUGAGUCCAUCCAAGCCUCAUCGUACACUGGAAAAGGAGGAAAAGUUUUUUAUUUCACAAGAUCUCGUCACGGUUCUUCACCAGCUACGUCGAUUCGAGAUUCAAGUCAACCAAUCAUCUCCCCAAGUGAACCGCAAAUCCAACAAGAAGCAAGAUUGAAAUCUGAAUCGCAAGUCUCGGAAUCACAGUACUUCAACCCACUUGAAGUUGGGCAAUGGGUUCUAAACUACGUUCAAGAGCAUAAGCUUGCUGCACAGAAAAAAAAUCAACCCAGUACCAAGGAGGAACCCACUGAUCAAAGACCCCAAACUGUGCCUCCGCAAAUAGAACAUGCUCCUUUGAGAAAACAAGAGGCCUUUGAUGCAGAAAACAAAAACAGUUACACGUCGCAGAAAUCCAGUGUUCACAUUGAACAACCACCAGUUCCCACACAGCAACCGAAGAUAGUGCCUUUAACAACGGAAGCUUUAUCGAAACAUGAAGACAACAAUACAUGGACAGGGCACGAUGUGGAAGACUCUGGAACUGAAUUGUCGACCAACAUCAGCUCCGAUUUGGGCCCUUUUCAGAGAGAGCUAAUUAAAACAAGACAUAAAAUACGGAAACACAAUCAGAGAGACAAAAGCCCUGAACUUACUCACACUGCAGAAGAAUACAAAGCACAUCUUAAGCGAUGGAACGAUUCUCCAUCAACGAACGUAGUUUUAGCAGAAGUUUGUGCAGUGACAGAUGAUGAUAUUGAGGACGCAAGACCUAAAAGUGAUAAACCAUUCAGUAAAUACUCCAAUGAGCCUGUUAUACCCACAUAUGGUAGUCGGAAUACCACCGUUGUUGGCAGCCAUAACCAAAUACAUGAAUCCGAUUCUGACUCCGAAACAACAUUGUCUACAAAUUCAUCUGAAGAUCACCAAAAUCCACGGGAACGGUUAAGAGAAUCUUUGCAAAGGAAUCGACCUUCUCAACCUGGUUUAAAUCACAAUUAUAGCAAUGUACAGCCUAUGCAUAGUGAGAAACCAAAUCAAUCAGGAAUAAAACCAAAUGAGAGAGAUUUACAGAAUGCUGGAAAUUUGGAAAAAAUCGAAAACUUUCUUGACAACUUGGAUAAAAAUAAUGCUUCAAAUUUUCAAAAUCGGCCGUCCACUGUUUCACCUCCGACCCCUGAUGAAGAUUGGAGAAUAAUUGGCGCACCUAUGUACCCGCCGACGCAAAAACAGAAUUCUGUACAUCAUAAUAAUAAUACAUCUCAAAUGGAUCCGACCGUUCCUAGGCCUCACAUGAGAAAAUCGUCAGAAGAAACUAUUGACAUACCAGAGAUGAAUAUUAAAGACCCGCACCUUCGCUUACGUUCAACGUCGUUGACAAAUCAAAGUGAAACUGGAUCUUGUUCAAGUCUCAUUGCUAAUCCUUUUAAUAAAAUGGACAAUGAAGAAAUAGAGUCACUAGUUGAAAAAAUCCCAAAUAGAGGUUCGAUGGGAAAUAUUGAUUCAGAAAAAGAUGUCAUUGCUCAACUCGAAAAAAGUCGUCAAUCAACGAAACGAGAAUCCCUUGAAGAAAGAACGGCAAGAAUUUUGGGAAUUCACAGGAAAACAUCGACGGAUGAGAGCGAUGAUGGAACGCCGACUAAUACUCGUUCUGCUCAGGAAAACAAAAAAGACAUCAAUGCUUACAUGAAUAACCUGUUAACAGGUGCCGCUGACGUGUCACCUGCAACUCGUCAAAAAUAUUUUGCGUCUGGAAUGGCCGAUAAAACACCCAUUUCAGUAAAAAGUCCUCUUGCAGCAAAUUCAUCUAAAAAGUUUCCAUCGCAUGAAAACUUGGAAGCAAAUAAAAAUGGUGAAAACCCGUCUCACUUGGAAUCAAAGCAAUCAGUUGAACACAAAGAAUCUUCAGAUGACGAUGAUGACAUGACUUUGACUGAAUCGUUUUCAAUCAACGUCAGUGAUUCUGUGAUGGAAGCAAGCGUAGAUUGUAAAGUUCGACUAGAAAAGAAAGUUCCUUCUUCUCAGCCUACAGAGUAUAAAAUCCCUGACUACGUCGAUGGUCGCUCCAGUGGUCCGGUGUCACCAAGCAGAGGCAUGAUGUCACCCAGCCAAGGCAUGAUGUUGAGUUAUGGUGCCAACAUUUACGCAGAAACACCAGGGUUUCACAAGCAAGAUAGUUUUGAUUCAACAGAUAGUGAUGAACCAGACUUUAUUCCGUCAAUGCCUGUUUCAUCUGAAUAUAAACAGAAUUUUGCCAGAAGUGAAAGUACUGACCAUAGAAUGCAAGAUUCUCCAGUUCCGAUCUCGGUCAACAGUCCACCUCUUACAGAGAAAGAAAUGGACAUUGUGAGAGAACUGGUGUCAUCUAAGACUAAUUCUGUUGUUGGCAGUGCCGGUGACAUGUCUCCUGUGGCAAAUGAUGAUGCAAUACAUCAAAGCAGAAGUUUGAGUUUACCGAGCUCACCCAGAUCAAAUCGAUCUUGGAGUCCGAGCAGAGAAUUAGCUCGGGACAAAAUUGCGAAAUCAAUCGGGUUUACUUUGCCAAAUCAAAAAUCAGAUCCUCAAGAUGGCACAACUGAGUCCUUACAUUCCAGCGGCGUCAUCAAUUCAGAAGAAUAUGACAUCAAAAUUUUGUCACGAGAUAGAAAUAAAAAUGACAAUAUGAUGGUUUUAGGGAAUACACAACAUCCUAACAAAGAUGUAGCCAAUGCAUUGCAAUCGAUUGGACUCAAACCUGAGGAGUCGUGGGUGAUGUCAGUCUGAUGUGACAACUUGAAUAAUCACUGGUUAUUCACUGCAUGGAUGAAUCGUUUCAGAUUCAGAUACUUAUUUUCAUUGUGCAGGAAUCAAUGCAGGGCUGAUCAUUUUUUUUAUUUUUGUGGGCCAUUCAACAUUCUAUUUAUUCAACUUACAUAUAUAUAUAAAUGUAUACUCUCAUAAUUCUGUGGACUAUUUAACAUUCUAUUUAUUUAUGGAAAAAUGUUUGAUUUUAAUUUUGGAAAAUUUGGUCUUUCAUUGCUGUUUUUCAUCAACUGCCAAGUUUCAACAUUGUGAAAUAAAAUGGAAAAUAGGCAGAUCUUACUAAUUUAGCUCUAUUUUUUUGUUUGUAAAUGUCUAAAAAUUACCGGUAUUGUGUUCUUAUAUUUUGAUAUAUUCUCAUAGCUUUUUUUUGAUUAAUCAUAGAGUAGUCAACCAGUAGAUAAAAGAAUUUUAUAACUCAAAACACCUCAAAAAGUCUUCAUAUUUUGAAAUCUGUAAAUAUAUGAUUUCUUCAAUAUUGAGUAUGACUUACAUAUAUAUAAAUGUAUACUCACAUAUAUCUGAUUAUAAUCAUAGUACACUUAAAAACAAUACAUUUUCGUUAUAAGAUUUAUUCUUUAUUUUGAAUCUUCACAAUUUUGUAUAUUUCAAGACUUCAAUAUGAUUUUUACUUUUACUUAUGAUAAAACUUCAAUUAUGGUAUUAUUAUUAGCUGGAUGUCAGUGUGGUAGAGCUGUGAAUGGUGUUGGUACAAUUUUUUUUUAAAUCGGUGCAAAUUUUAUGUAUUAUAUGUAAUUUGUGUUAUGUUUCCGAUUGUGUAUUUUACAUAUAUUUUAUUCUGAUUUAGUACAAAUUCAAAUUACAUAUAAAAAAGUGUCCAUUUGUAUGCAGUAAUAUCUUUCUCAAUUUUCUGUAAAAAAAUUAUACUGCCCCAAAAAGGUAAGAUGAAUUAAUAUUUUAGCUAAUCAAUUCCAAUUGCAAGCAAAAUUGUUGUAAUAACCUCAAUUUAUACCAACUAGUAUACAGUAUAUAGUUUGAUUCUUAAAGCAGGUUAGCAGGUUUUAUGAUUUAAUAACUGGGCUACCCUGUAUAUAGAAUGCUGAAAAUAUUUGGUUGGACCCCCAUUUUUGUCCUUCCUAUGUCUGUCUGAAAAAAGUACUGUCACUUCAUAACUUUUUCCUUAUAAUAGUGUUUAUAAGUCGAAGCCUUUUUCAAUUAAUAAUAACCAAUCUCCCCUGUUCUGUAAUACAGUACUGUCUUGCAUCAGUUUUUCUGGUACAACACUAUGUCUGAGGAAUAAAAUCUAUUAAAGUUUUUUCUUCCUCACUGGAACCAGAUACAUUUAUAGCAUACUUGAUGAUAUUUCUUGUGUGCACACUAUUUCUGUAUUCUUUGUAUCAUAUUCCACAGUUCCAUUUAUGUUGUUGAAUGUUAUUUACACUUUUUUAUAUAUAUCUCUGUAAAAUAUGAGUCCAGUCCAGUAUGUGAUAUGCUUAUUUAUAAAAUAAUUCCGAUAUUGUGAUCAGUGAAAUUAGUGAUAAUUAAUAUCUGCUAUAUUACUAUUUAUUUACUGGAAUCACAAUUUACUUAACUGCAAUUGAUUCAUAUUUAUCUAACCCAGAGAUUCUCACCUUAAAUUGGCGCUCCAGAAGUGUGUGUACCAAUAUGGGGGUAACUAGUUUUGUUCGCCUACUUUACAUCAAGUUGUGUAAAGGAACUAUGGGCAGGAGUAUAUUCACUUGG